CAAUCUUCAACAAAUUGGAGGGGAACGGCUAGCUACCAUCCAAAACCAAAAAUGGCCAUAGUUUCUUCUAUCGUCUCCGCAUCCCUCUCUCCCUUCACCCACAAGCUAAGCCUUAUAAAUCCUACCUCUAUUUCAAUUACAAGACCCAAUUACCGAAUAAAUCCUACCUCUGUUUCAGUUCUAAUACCUAAUUGCAUCAUACCUUUGUUAAAAUCUUGUUCAAAUGCAAGAGAAUUUUCACCCCUUCAUGCAAUUUUAAUCACCUCAAAUCUCAUCAAUGAUUCUUUGAUAACCACCCGUGUUCUUCGUUUUUUAAUCUCUAUUGAUGAGCUUGAUUACGCCCACAAGAUUAGUAGCUAUACAUUGGAACCAGAAACCAUAAUUUGGAACACCUAUAUGGAGAACCAACUCAAAGAUGGUUUUCCAGAAGAAGUGUUUAUGGCUUAUUAUUGUAUGGUCACUCAAGGUGCGGUGUUAGAUCUUUCCACUUUUCACUUCCUGCUUCAUGCUUGUUCUAGAAAAUUUUCAAUUCAACAUGGAAGUGAAGUUCAUGGUAGGAUUUUGAAAUCUGGGUUCGGAGCUAACAGAUCGCUGAACAACAAUUUGAUGGGAAUGUACUCAAAAUUUGGAAAUGUGGAGGAAGUUCGUCAGUUGUUUGAGAAAUUGCCUCAUAAAGACGUCAUUAGUUGGAAUACCAUGAUAUCUAGCUUUGUUUCAGUGGGAAUGUAUAGGGAAGCCUUGCAUUUCUUUGAUGAAAUGAUGGUGGAUGGGGUUAAACCUGAUGAGAUAACGAUGGUUACCUUGGUCUCGGCUUGUACUAAGUUGAGGGAUUUAGAAAUGGGCAAAAAAUUUCAUGUCUACAUUGAAGACAAUAAUUUGCGGAGUAAUGGUAGUUUAUUAAAUUGCUUGGCAGAUAUGUAUGUGAAGUGUGGGAAAAUGGAGGAAGCGCACAAGCUUUUGGGUAGAUAUCAAAAAUCCGAGGUGGAUGUUGUUCUAUGGACUACACUAAUUAGUGGGUAUGUGAAAGCCAAUAAGAUAGAAGAAGCUAGGCAUUUGUUUGACCAGAUGGCAGAGAGGAACUUGAUAUCUUGGACUACUAUGAUAUCUGGGUAUGCUCAACUUGGGCGUUAUUCAGAAAGUCUAGAGUUGUUUAAACAAAUGAGGUUUAAAAAUGUGAGCCCAGAUGAGCUUGUUCUUGUGACAGCACUUUCAGCUUGUGUUCAUGUAGAAGAUUUUGGAUUAGGCAGAGCCAUUCAUGGCUUGAUCAUGAGAUAUGGAAUGAUGGUUGAUGGGUAUCUUGGGAAUGCUCUGCUUGACAUGUAUGCAAAAUGCGAGAAACUCAGGGAAGCAUGCGUAGUUUUUGAGCAGUUGCCUUGCAGAAGUGCUGCAUCAAGGAAUUCAAUGUUGGAUGGUUUUUGCCGAAGUGGAGAUGCUGAUAAAGCAAGAAGCUUUUUCAAUAACAUUCCAAAGAAGGAUAUAAUUUCUUGGAACACAAUGCUCAAUUUUUAUGUGAAGCAUGACCUCUUUACAGAAUCAUUGGAGUUCUUCCAGGAGAUGCAGAGUUCAAAUGUAAAGCCUGACAACAUCACUUUUAUCAGUUUGCUUUCGUCCUGUGCUAGAGUUGGAGCCUUGAAUCAUGGCAUUUGGCUUCACGUUUACAUAGAAAAGAAUGAAAUUGGUCUGGAUUCCAAGCUGGCUACUGCCCUAAUUGACAUGUAUGGGAAGUGCGGUUGCAGUGAAAUAGCCUAUGAGCUCUUCUCUAAACUAACUGAAAGGAAUGUAUUUGUUUGGACUGCAAUGAUAGCAGCAUAUGCCAUGGAGGGGCAUGCCCACAAAGCUAUUGAUAUUUUCUUGGAAAUGGAGGUAAUGGGAAUAAAACCAGAUUAUGUCACUUUCAUAGCUCUACUAUCCGCAUGCAGCCAUGGAGGUUUAGUGGAUGAAGGCUACAAAUAUUUCAACAAAAUGAAAACUCUCUACAAUAUUAAUCCAAAGAUUCAGCAUUAUGGGUGCAUAGUUGAUCUUCUGGGUCGAACCGGGCACUUGGAAGAAGCAGUGAAGUUCAUCGAAACAAUACCACUGGAACCAGAUGUCUCUAUAUGGAGCUCAUUGAUGAGAUCAUGUGGAAGUCACAACGAUGUGGAAUUAGCAGAGUUUGCAUUUAAACGUCUCAUAGAAAUAGACCCUAUAAACGAUGGAGCUUUUAUACUGCUUUCAAAUACAUACACAAAUGUUGGUAGAUGGGAUGAUGCGAGUAAGGUGAGAAUGAAGCUACAUGACAUAGGAGUAAGGAAGCAACCAGGUUUCAGUACAAUUGAAAAAAAUGGAGUGCUUCAAAAGUUUACCGCAGGGGAGUUUUCAAGUCCGCAAUCUGCAGAAAUCUGCUCCAUGUUGGAAGAGAUAGAGAAAAGAUUAAUAAAGCAGCAAUUACCAGACACCUCAUCUCAGCAUAGUGAAAGAUUGGCUGUUGCAUUUGGUUUGCUUAACAGCCAGAGAAAGUCUACCAUAAGAGUUGUGAAUAACGUUAGAAUUUGUGGCGAUUGCCAUUCGUUUAUGAAGGUAGUGUCUCAGGCUUAUGGCAGAGAAAUAGUUAUCAGGGAUAUCUACAGAUUUCAUAGAUUCAAAGAUGGGUAUUGCUCUUGUAAAGAUAAAUGGUGACUCAAAAGUUUGGUUUUGUAUAAUGAGCAAACAAAAAGUUAUUCAAUGAGCCAUUAGUGCAGAUAAAAACAAGAGCACCAAUUUCUCUCUCUCUCUCUCUCUCUCUCUCUCUGUUGAACAAACUCAAAGAAAGAGAGAUUAUCUAUUCACCUCGUGAUGGUGAAACAUUUGGACCCACAACCCUGCAAGAACUUCCAUUAGGUUGUAAAUGAGCUAGAAAUUUAAGGAAAAUGUCAACAUCCUCAAUAGGCUUACAUCAUAAGGGGAAAUUUGUCACCAAAGAAAACUACAAAAUCUA